AUGACGUCGAAUCCCUUCACGGACGAUGCCGACUUCGACAAUGAGAAGCUGGCGGCAUCUUCCAGCUCUUCCACCACCAUGGCCGACUUCUCGUUGGCCCCGCCAGGCAUGUGCCCAGGCAACCUGCCUUGCGUGCUUGGGCCCAACCAGGGAUGCUCUAUCCACAAUCCAGACAAGCUUUCCAUCACCUACAACAAUCGCCUUCCCUCCGACAAGGACAUACCGGGAUACUUCAGGAGCAUCCUCAAGUCACGCUCCAAACAUCGGGUUCCGGCUUCGACAGUCGCUUGGCGGAAAGAGCCCAUCUGGGUUAAGGAUCCCCUGGAGCUUGCGAGCGUGGUCCCCCUCGACUCUCCCCACGAGUCCAUCCCAUAUGCCCUGGCUUACUACCAUCUCGAAUGGGUUCGGACACCGCAAGAGAACUCGACCGAGGAGUCAAGACUCCAAGAGCUGGCAUGUCACGGAACUGGCAUCAACCGUCCAGAGUUGAAGUACACCAUGAUGCCCUUCUACCGUGAAGGAUCGUUCCACCUGCAACAGAGGAUCAGCUUCAGCUUCGGAGUGAAGAAUCGACAUCGUAUCCUGGGGCGUGAGCAUCACGUGCUGUGCGUACUCCCCGAGAACCACUCCACCAAGAUCAGAUGGGAUAGCCAAUUUGGCCAAAGCCACAAGGCGUGGGGUUGCAAGGGAUGCUGCAGCAACAGCGGAGUGACCAUCGAGAUGAUCAAGAACGAGAUUGUCGUGACCAUUGCCAUGUUCAAAGAUCUUGGCAAAGGGUCGGGGCCAUUCGAAAAGGAAUGGAUGGCAGCUCUUCGACCAGAAGUCAACAUGAAACGCAGAAGAGCCGACGCCAUGGGCACAAAGCCGUAUAAGGCGGUUUUGAGCGCUGCACAGGCGAAGAAGACGGCAGAUCUGAACAUGGCAAAUCUGAACAUGGCAGGUACGAUUGCAUCCCAAGUUGCUAGUUGGUAG